UAUAUGGGACUGGGCUAGACUUCGAAGCGCCACGGGAGCAGACCGGCAACUAAUGCCGAGGGAUUGGUAGAGACCGAGUCUAGAGAUCCGGCUGCUUCGCAACAGAUUUCAAAUCAACGAAAAUUUUUUUCUCAAUCUUGCUCUUGACUAGUCAUAAACAUACUCGCAAUCUUUAAAUUCCAUCAAUUCCAUCAAUUCCAUAUCCUCUUGCACUUUCCAAUUAAAUUUCAUGGAAUCAGUUUCUAUCUGUUCUAAAACACUGGACCCAGAUAAUUUUUCAACCAACUACCAGCUGCAUCGAGAUAUCCAGGAUUCUGUUGGUAACAGUGAUAAUGAUGAUACUGAAGAAGAAGAUAAUGAUGAUGGCGAUGAUGAUGAUGACAGUCAAAAUAGCAUAGAUAAUUUUAAUAACCAUAUUGAUGAUGACGGGCUAAACACCUCUAUUUUAAAGGAAAUUGCUCAUGGCACUUACACUUGCUUAAUUUGCACUUGCGAAAUUGACUUCCAUUCGCAGAUCUGGCCCUGUAUUGCCUGCUACAGAGUCUACGAUCUAGAUUGUAUCAGAGAUUGGGCCAUUAGAGGCUCUUCCACUGACUCAAGACACAAUUGGAGAUGUCCUUCCUGUAACCACAAAAUCAAUCAAAUUCCUUCCAACUACUACUGCUGGUGCAAAAAAGUUAAAAAUCCACCUCCAAACAUCUUUGCUCCACACUCCUGUUCUCAAUCCUGUAAUUUCCCAUUGCAGAACUGUCCACAUAACUGUUCUUUGCCUUGUCAUCCAGGCCCCCAUAUAAAAGUUUGUUCUGCUCUAGUUAACUUGAAAUGCAAAUGUGGUGCUCAACAGAAAUCAUAUCCUUGUUUGAUUGCUCCCUAUAAAGAUCAAUGGUCUUGCCAAUUGCCUUGCAACCAGCUAAUGCCAUGUCUUGUUCACCGCCAUAACCUUAUUUGUCACUCUGGCUUGUGUGGUCUCUGUAAGAUCAAAUUAAAGACAACUUGCUAUUGUGGAAAGGACUCUGCUUUAAAAGAAUGCUAUCAGCUAUCUCCAAUUUUAUGUUCUAACCUGGAAAAUUUCUCCUGGAUUGGCUCUUACCAAUGCUCUUCGCAAAUUUGUGAUACCAUCUUAGAUUGUGGAAAUUUGGACCACAGAUGUACUAAAAACUAUUGUCAUCCUCAAUCAAAUGACCCCUCCUCCUCCGAUUAUCAUCGAUGUAUUCUAAAUCCCAAGGUUCUCACUCACUGUCCAUGUGGUAAACAUCUAAUAUCUGACUUGUUAUUCGGUAAAAAAAGACUCAAAUGCUCCGAUCCGGUUCCUACUUGCAACGAUAUCUGUGCAAAAAUAUUACCUUGUGGUCAUACUUGCUACUGGAAAUGUCACUUGGAUCAGAUCCACUCUCCUUGUUAUCGCUCCAUUGAGACCAAAUGCUCUUGUGGUUUUAAUUCCUUUCUAGUUCCUUGUUCCUUCUCCCAACCCGGCAACAAACCAAAAUGCCAAAGAAAAUGCCAGGCUUUGAAAAAUUGCAGAAGACACAGAUGCAACAACAUCUGCUGCUCAUAUGAAAAAAUCGCCUUUGAUAGAGAUCGUCUCAAAAAAAAAAUCUCUAGAAAAGGUUCUUCACUUUCCAUCAAUAACGAUCAUGCAAACAACAUUGAAUCUAUCCACAUAUGCUCUCUACCCUGCGAAAAAUUGCUCUCCUGUAAAAGACAUCACUGUCACUUACAAGAUCAUCCUGGAAAGUGUCCUCCAUGCCUUGAAAGUUCUUCUGAUGAUUUACUAUGUGCUUGUGGUAAAACUGUCUUAAUACCUGCUCCUGUUAGAUGUGGCUCUCUUCCAAUAGUCUCUUGCCAAUAUCAAUGUCAUAGACCAUCCUCUUGUGGUCACAAAAUCUCCCAUUUAUGCCAUCAAGAUGAUGUUCAAUGUCCCGGGUGCACAAAAUUUGUUACAAAAACUUGCAAAUGUGGCAAAAAACAAGUUCCAAACAUAUUUUGUCAUCAAAACAAUGUUAGUUGUGGUUUGCCCUGUGGAAAAUUAUUACCCUGCUCUCAUAAAUGCCAAAAGAUAUGCUGCGAUCAAAAUUUUGAUCAUACUACAGCAAAAUGUAUUGCUCUAUGCAACCAAAAGAAAAUUUUCUGCCAACAUUUAGAUAAAUCUAGAUGCCAUUGGCCAAAUAAAUGCAAUGAAAAUAUCCCAUGUUCAGAAUUAAUCACUCUACACUGUUUUUGUGGCAGAAUAACUAAAAAAAUUAAAUGUACUGCUUCGAUUAACAAUCCAAGUGAUGGUUCUCAAAAAUUCAUUGAUUGUGAUUCAGAAUGUGAAAGAAUAGAAAGAAAUAGAAAGUUAUUUGAAGCCUUGGAUUUAAAAACUAUAGAUGGAAACGCUCGUCCACCAGAAGAAUUAUUUGUAAAUCCAUAUCCAAAAUGGAUCCUUUUAAAUUAUGAAAAGCAGAAAAACUGGUGUCUUGAAAUUGAGAACUCUUUUAAAAAUUUAAUUUUAUCUUCCUCUAAUCAAACUGCAAAAAAAUUCAUUUUUUUCCCAGCUAUGAAAUCUCCCCAAAGAAAAUUCAUCCACGGAUUAGCAGAAAUUUAUAACUUAUUUUCAGAAUCGAAAGAUCCUGAACCAUAUAGAUUCGUCUCAGUUUAUAUUACUGAUAAGACAAAGAUACCCGAUAUGUUAAUCGAGGAAGCCAUAAUCUCAGACAAAAAAAUACAAAUAAACAAAGAAAUUCAGAAUGAAAUUAAACUUGAAGGCGAAGGUGAGUAUAAUGGCAUUCUAAUCGAAAAUUGUUUAUUCGGUUCUACUGCUCUUGAUCUUGAAAAAGCUCUAAGUUCUUGCUAUAAAAAUUCUCAACUUAUGGAAGACCCGGUGAUUAAAUGGCAUUCUGAUAAUGAUUAUGUUUUCUUAUCAAAAAAUUUCUACAGAAACACAAAAAAACUCGAAAUUGAGCUAAGAAAACUAUCAAAACAGUUUUUAAACAUUGUCAGAGCAAAAUCAUUGGCAUUUGACAUUGUUCUUUGCAAAUUUGACAGCGACGGUGAUAAAAUAAUAAAUCGCGAAACCAAAAAUCUUUCAAUAAAAGAAUCAACUGCCGAAAAACCCAACAUGACAACUUUUUCGAAUAAUUCUUUUGAUCUUUUGAAUAGCACCGAGCAAACCAGCAAGUCCACUGCAUAUGAUUGGUGGGACUGAACUCGUUAGAUAGCAUAAAUAUGUUUUAUAGAAUAAAGAAAGAAAAUAGUAUACAUUUCUAAAAGUUGUAGUAUAU